AUGGUCUCAGACGCCUCCAGCCACCUGAGCAGCCCCACCAUCAACUCCCGCCCUGGCGCGUUCGGGGCAGGAGCUCUGGGGCCCCGCGGCAGCUCUGAUUUGGCGGAGACGGGGGGCCGCCAGGAAGAUGCCUCGCCGCCCCCUGCGCCCUCCUCGCCCAAGGCCCCUGGUGUCCUGCAGGUGUUCUGGGAGUUUGGGGUUCGGGAUGUUCUGGGCGAGGGCGCUGAGACCAGUCAAGGGAGCGAGUGGGAAUGCAGGUGUCUGCCCUCGGAGACGCUGCCUGGGACCUGCCAGCAGAGGCCGGUGGGUGGGGUAACAAGGCGUCUGCAAUCUGCACAGCAUUCAGGACUCAGAAGUGUCAGUGUGGCAGGCGUGCUGGUGGGACACCCAUUUGACACGGUCAAGGUGAGGCUUCAGGUCCAGAGCCUGGAGAAGCCCCAGUACCGAGGCACCCUGCACUGCUUCCAGUCCAUCAUCAAGCAGGAGAGCGUGCUGGGCCUGUAUAAGGGCCUGGGCUCACCGCUCAUGGGGCUCACCUUCAUCAACGCGCUGGUGUUCGGCGUGCAGGGCGGCCUGCGCGGCGUGAACCGGGGCAUGGUGUCCACCCUGCUGCGCGAGACGCCCAGCUUCGGCGUCUACUUCCUCACCUACGACGUGGUGACGCGCGCCCUGGGCUGCGAGCCGGGGGACUCGCUGCUGGUGCCCAAGCUGCUGCUGGCGGGCGGCACGUCGGGCAUCCUGUCCUGGCUCUCCACCUACCCCAACGGGAUCCUCGACUGCAUGCGCCAGAGCUACCGCGCCGAGGGCUGGCGUGUGUUCACGCGCGGGCUGACGUCCACGCUGCUGCGCGCCUUCCCCGUCAACGCCGCCACCUUCGCCACCGUGACCAUCGUGCUCACCUACGCACGCGGCCCCGAGGACCAGUCCGAGGACGAGGGUGUGCCCGCCGCCUCCGGGCCUGCGCUGGCCCAGCCCUCCAGCCUGUGAAGCCCCCCCUCCUUGACAGAGGGCAUGACCUCCCCGGGGCCACCUUUCAUCCACCCAACAUCAUACCGGCCCCCUGCCCAGACCGGAGCGCUGGGACUCCAUCCGAUCUGGGCCCGGUGCCACUCAUCAGCGGGUUACCGUGGCCACAGCCUUGACUCCUCGUUUUUCUCAGCUGUGAAGUGGGGAUGCUCACACCCACGCUGUGCAGUCAGGAAGCUGGCCCUGUUACCUGGAAGCUUCCAGAAACCCAGCCAACACUCCAGUGCUUCCCUGGGAUCCCACCCACCACCCUGGCUCUCCUGUGGCUGGGCUGCCCAGUGACACUCACUGCGCAUCCUCCACCUGGCAGAGCUCCAGGCCCCUCUUGGCCACCUGUCCAGGCUCUAUGGUGAGGACAGGCAGCCCCGGUGCCUCCUGGUAUCAGAACUGAACCUCUCCUAAUGCACACCAGCUUCUCCACAUGGCACUGCAGGGGGUACCCCUGCUGCUGCCACUCCCAGUGGAGGCUGACCUGGGACCGCCAAAAGGCCAUGGGAUUUGCUGGAGGCUCCGUAUCCUCCAUAGUUUUAAACACAGCCAUGGGGAGGGGAAGUCUUAUACCCUCUGGGGCUCAGGCUGCCCAACUAUAAAAUGGGGACACGGGUCGGCCGAUAUCUGGAGCUCUGGCACACUACCCCCAGCCAAGGUUUCCAAAGGCGAGUGGAGGGGUGGAGAGGGAGAUAGUAUGGGCCCUCCACCCCACCCUCCUUCUCCAGAAAAUGGUGUCUUUCCUGGGCAAGCUCCUUGGUGCCUGGUGUUCCUGUGAGGUGGGAGGGCCCAUUAGUGGGUGUGGCUGUGCCCAGUUUGGGCCCCUCCGGGUUGAGGGGGAGCUGAGCCCACGCUCUGCGGCUUCCACGCGAAGCUAGGGCUGCGGUGGGAACUCGGGGUAGCCCCGGCACAUCCAGUACCGUGUGGCCAUGUGACCGCCUGGGGAGGUGGAUGGCUCUGCGUAGAGGAAGGUGCCUGUGGCCCCCUUUGCCCUGAGUGGGCUCAGCCUCUUGGGCAGUGUGCCAAGCUCUCCCAGGAGGCACUGUGGGCGAGGAAGAUAGGACUCCCACCCUGUGCAUGGGUGUCACUGGUAUUAAAGUUAUUUGUUUUUUAAGA